ACUUUGUGGCGUUUUGUGUUCGUUUGCCGUCUGUAGAGCAAGGAGGGCUCUAUUACACAGCAGGAAAUAGAACUAUCCGGUCAAACAUACCGAUUGUCUCGUGCGAGGCUGUUUGAGCUGCACUCCUGCGUUCCACAGGGGCUCGGUAGAAAACGUCGUAUAAAAACCAGGCUCGCGUCCAACUCAUGCAGCUCGGGUUUCUUCACUAUUUCGUGUAUUCCCUUUUGCUUUGUCGUCUGUUUUAGGUGCUCUCCAACCCCAGGGCACGGCACUUGUUUAUUGCUGGCCUCGGGUGCGGUUCUGCUAACAACCGCUGCUUUUGUUGCCAGCCUGUAGCGGCGACGGAUGAAAGCGAUUUAGGGAAUGCGUUCGAGCAACAGCGCAAGGACUCCGAAUCCGACGAGUCACUGAAUCCGGAACAAGAAAUCAGUGGAAUGCCGCCACAGAAUCGUAACGAGGGAAAAAACUCUUCACCUAUGACCAGUGACACUUCCACUUUCCAGGGUGAACGUGGAACAGAUUCCCCGAAGGGCGGUGAAAAUGCGGAAGCAGGUUUCUUGGGAAGUCUGGGAGUGGACGCUGUACUUGGCGCCGACGGAGACGACGGUUAUUCGGAUGAAGACAAAGCAGAGAGAGGGGAUCCCGAGGUCGACAUGAAUUCUCUAGACCGACAAGACCAGGCCAAUCCAUCGGAGCCGCGCCCUUCGCUUCCAGAUGAGGGUAGUCAGGGACAACACGCCUCUACGGGGGAACCCGAAGUUAAAAGUGACAACGUGAAGUUCAUUUCGUACGCGCAAAAGGCAGAAAAGAACCAGCCCGACGGUGACUUCAAGGGCAGCGAAUCGUUCUCGCCAUCGGGGUUCGAUUACAGAGAAGGCUCUCCUGGAGUCGGCGAUUACAGAAUACUCAACGAGGGUGCUGAUUCCCCCACCUUCUCAGACCGUGAUUACGAUGAUUACGACGAAACCUCAAAUGGGGAGCUGCCACUUGGACGCCUGAGAAAUAAAGUUCAGCUCACCGCAGCAGAAAGAUACUGUGGUUUAAAGCCCAAAGGCCCGACUGUGCUCUACACUCCUCCAGGAGUGCGUCCGGAUGAGCUCGAGGCUCUCGACCUUUUCGCAGUCACCGACGCAGGUUUUUUCGAGUUAGUUCGAGACAGCCACGGCGAUCUCGUGUGCCCUGAACGCCGUCGUGGCGAGCGCGUUCUUUUCCGCAAUCUGCGACUCAAAAACAGUGAAUUGGUCGGCGACAUGGUGUAUUCCGAUCCACGUAGUUAUCGUCAUAUGACACAAGUGCAUCCCGAUGGCAAAGCCACAAAAACACCGCGGGCGCCGACCGAGCAGAAGACGCCGCCUCGACGAGAGGAUCGAGGCAGCAAGGAGCGUUCUAAAUCUGUUGAGAACUCUGGCAAGAAGUUAAGUAUGUGGUCCAGGGUGCUCUGCAAGGUGUCAAAGAGGUACUGUAACACAAAGGUGACGGGCGAGAAAGGCCAGGACGAAGACAGCGGAGAUCCGACAACGCACAAGAGGCAACCGCGACAAAUUGUGGCUGCCGAGGUACCUUUACGGGAGGUGUUCGGCGUCAAACCCCUCGAAAUCUUUGACUGGAAGGUGAAGGAGCUGCUAUAUCGACUCGAUCGAGAGAUGGGGCAAGAGGGCAACCUGGAUGAACGCAUGCCACCCUACUUCGCAGUCCCGACAGAGGCAGCAGGCAGGGCACCCGGGGUUGCGCAGGUUCCUGGAUCAGGAUCAGAGGGUGAGACUAUAUCACACGCAGGUGCUCUUCAGGGGGAUUUUCAGAGGGAGCCUAAGGGAGGGGAUGCCGAGAGAAGACGGGAGUCUCACGAGACUCAGAACUCCGCAGGUGCGGGUCGUCAGGCUCCCGCAAGCCGUACGGAUGCUCCAGUGGAGGCGGGGCAAGGGGAUGUGCGGCGUCUAAGCGAACAAGCUUACAACAACAAUCCUAAGAAAGCGCCGGAGCAAAGUGGAGGGGCGCUUGAUGACGGCGUCGAUUAUCCAGCAAACGACUGGCUGGAAGCAGAAUACGAGGAUGCGCCCAACAUUUCCAUCCCCGACUUCCUGUUCAGCGUUCCUGCGGACAGAACACAUGAUGACGAUGAGCCAAACACUAUGGAACAGGAAGCGACUUCAGUGGAUCUGAAGGUCACGGUGCUUUGCCUGGAGAACGGGGCGCCUCCCAUUUUGAUAAAAGAGUGGCCGGCUUUCACAAAUGUAGUCAAGCCAAGGAAAGUUUUACCACAGAAGCCAGCAGUGGCUCGGAAAUCGGUAGCAGUAUGGGGAAGCAGUUUCUUGGCUGCGGUGGCCGCUGGCAUGUAUGCAACCAAGAGACUUGUCAACCCUGCCGCCUUGCAGUACGGUUCUCGUUAUCAACGACUGGAGUCCUUCUCGUUCCUAGGCUGGUUGGCGUUGUUCGUGCUUGGAUCUGCGCAGCUAGCUGGGUUGCUUACGUGGAAUGUGAGGACCGCGAUUCACAGCAGCCACCUGAGACAUAAUCUUCGGGAGGAGCUUUUCGCAGAUGAGAAGGCAGGAACAGAUGGAAGCGCCGGGUCGGUGUAUCCGACCGGCUUCAUCUUUUACUACGACCGUCAUUUCCGUCAGUCACAUAAUUCGUGAAAAGCAGGAGAACGUGCCAGGGGAAAUCCCGAACAACUUUGACUCAAUUUCCCACAGAACGAUGGAACAUCGUCUCACCGUGAGACGCCUAGUCCAGUUUUAGAUUGUGGAUCGUUUUCUAGGUUUUCUUUCGACACCUCGAGAGACAAAUUAUCCAGCAUUGAUUCUACGCACACGUCCCAUCCCUGCGUCGAAGCGUGUCCACCUCAAAAGCAAAUGCGGGUCGCAAUACUUCUUCAUACGGCUCUCCGACGUAAUACUCGUCUUGACAGCCAGUGAUUCUGGAGCGAUUUCGGGCGUUCGACUUUCACCGGAACGUUUGUCGACGGUCUGUGUUUUCCAGCUUGUAUGAAACCUGACGUCGCAGUGACCGUGCAGUCGCGUUUUGAGAGGAAACCAGGAAUUUCAGGGAAGAGCAAUGUGAUUUUGAUCGCAUCAUGGAUGUGUUCAAACGCAGCUUCAUAUGGUGAUGGAGUCUCGUUUUGGUUGCAAGAAUUCACAUCAAAAAACCAUAGCCACGUGUAGGCGGCAUUGUUUUGGUCUCUACCGCACCGCAAACGGUGACUUUUGAACUAGGCCGCAGAAGAGGGCGUUUUUACCAACGACACUUUGUCAGUUGCCUGGACUUCUCUGGAACAUCGGACUGACAGGAACGAUGCAAACGAUUUGUCUCAGAUGUGUCUGCUUUGCAUGUGUACCUUUGUUCGCCUGUCUUCCGCUAUAUCACGAAUCUUCCAAAAACGCCAGCUUCGAUCAUUUCCGUCCACACUGCUAUCGGUCGUAAUGCAGCUCAGGAACAUGUGAACAGAUCCCAGCUACAUCAAGAGUCGUGUUCCAGCAUUGCCGAUUUCCGUUGUUUGUCGCUGGAUAUCCUUACCAGUCCAACUCCGCAAGCUGGGGCAGUUUUGUGAGCAUGAAAGCGGUCGAGCGCAGCAGACGGUGUUUUGCGAAGAAAAGCGUUCCUCGCGAGUGCGCACGUGUGUUCACUAUUCGUCUACGCAGCAGUGCGUACUCUGUUCAUGUGGCACUAAUGUCGUCGCUGGACAAAUAAUAAUUGCAUUUAUGCUUGAGUCGUUUUCUUGUUGGCCUGGCACCUGCUGAGUCACUGACUGAAUACCUUUUACGCAUGGUGUGCAUGGAUGAUACCCGACGCCUCUACAGUUUGACCUCUGUCUAAUUCCGGACAUUCUCACUCGAAUCGCGUUCCACUGUGGCGACAGUGCCUCGCCGUUGCGAGCGAAAACACGUUCAAGGCUUUGUCGGC